GUGACGCUGUCACCCUUCUUUCUGUUGAAGGUGUGUUUGUUGCAGUUACUCCCCUCUAUGUUAACAUAAUGCCCUGGAAAAUAGUGGUAGCUUUAACAGUCGGGAGUGCAGCUAAAAAACGGAGCCAGGACUUCACAAUGGGGCUACCUUGUCACACAGUUUAGGACCAGCAGUUUUGGGAACGGAUAUUCAUUUUCCAACCUGGAGUUUUUUGAAAGAUACAAGGAAUUUCAGCUUUUCUUCAAACAUGUCGACUGCAUUAAUGGGAUGGCAAGUGCUGUUGUUCUUCUCAGUCCUCUUUGUCAGUGUGCGAGGGCAGGUCAGCUACUCGAUUCCCGAGGAAAUGGAAAGAGGUGGAAUAAUAGGUAAUAUCGCACAUGAUUUGGGUUUAGGUAUUGACCGACUCAAGUCCGGUAAAGCUCGCAUUUUUACUGGUAAUAGUGACGAGUAUGUAGAGCUGAAGCGAGAAAGAGGGGAGCUGCUUAUCAAAAGCAGAAUAGACAGAGAAUCGCUGUGUGGUCAAACAAUGCCCUGCGCAAUGCAUUUCCAAAUGAUCCUUGAAAACCCGAUGGAAUUUUUCACAGUGACGAUUGAGGUAAUGGAUAUUAACGAUAACCCUCCUACAUUUGAGAGAGGUGACAUUAAAUAUGAAAUCAGUGAAUUAGCUGAUCCCGGAGCUCGAUUUGUCUUGGAAAAAGCAGUUGAUGAUGACGUCGGUGUAAACGGUUUGAGCAGCUACACCUUAAACCCGACUGAUCAUUUCGUUUUGAAAACACUUAGCCAAGGAGAUGGUACGAAACAUGUUGAAAUGGUUUUACAGAAAUCGUUAGAUCGAGAGAAAAGUGAGCAUUUAUCUUUAACACUGACUGCUUUGGAUGGAGGUGAACCACAGCUCACAGGGACCAUGCAGAUUCUAAUCACUGUGUUAGACGCAAAUGACAAUUCACCGGUUUGUUCGAAGCCAGAAUAUAAAGCAAGUGUUAAAGAAAAUGCUCCUGUUGGCACUCUCAUAACCACAGUAAAGGCUACAGAUAAAGACAAAGGAAACAACGGGAAAAUAAUGUACACAAUUUCGAAAAUUGGAUCAACAAAUAUCUUUGAAAUGAACUCUGAUACUGGAAUAUUGUCACUGGCAGGAAACAUAGAUUAUGAAAAAGGGAGACUAUACGAAUUAUAUGUGAAGGUGGUAGAUCAGGGAGGAUUGUCCGACGCAUGUAAGGUAAUUGUUGAAGUGAUAGAUAUAAAUGAUAAUCCUCCGUCCAUUAACGUGAUGUCGAAGUCAAAUGCAUUGUCUGAAAACGUGAGCCCCGGGACGGUUGUGACAAUGCUUAACGUACAAGAUCCAGACUCAAAUGAAAAUGGAAAUGUGAUUUGUGUUUUAAGCGAAAAUGCCCCUUUUAGCAUAAAAUCAAGGAGCAAUCUUUUUUUUUCCGUUGUAACAGAAAGUGAAUUAGACAGAGAGACAGCGUCUGAGUAUAAUAUGACUGUGACCUGUUUUGAUGGAGGAGUGCCCUCCCUCUCCAGCAGCGUUACUCUCAGCGUACAGAUCUCUGACGUAAAUGACAACGCACCUGUCUUUGAGAAGAGCUCAUAUGAAGCUUACAUUGCAGAAAACAACGCGCCAGGCGUCUCAAUAUUCUCAAUGAAGGCUAGAGACGCUGACUGGAAUCAAAAUGCCCGAGUUUCUUACAUACUGCAGGAUUCAUCUGUUAACGGAGUACCAGUCACCUCAUUUGUGUCUGUUAGUGCUGAUAGUGGAGUCAUACAUGCAGUGCGCUCUUUUGACUACGAGCAAAUCAAAGAGUUCCAGUUCGUGGUAAAAGCUCAAGAUGGAGGCUCUCCUCCACUCAGCAGCAACGUGACUAUGAAAAUACUGAUCCAGGAUCAGAACGAUAACCCUCCUCAGGUUCUGUAUCCAGUCCUGACUGGUGGCUCUGUGGUGGCUGAAAUGGUGCCUCGUUCAGCAGAUGUGGGCUAUCUGGUCACUAAAGUGGUGGCUGUUGAUGUGGACUCUGGACAGAAUGCCUGGCUCUCCUAUAAACUCCAGAAAACCACAGACAGGGCGCUGUUUGAAGUGGGCUUACAGAAUGGAGAAAUCAGAACUAUCCGCCAAGUCACUGAUAAAGAUGCUGUGAAACAAAGACUGACUGUUAUUGUGGAGGACAACGGACAUCCCUCUCGUUCAGCUACAGUCAUCGUGAACUUGGCAGUGGCGGACAGUUUCCCUGAAGUUCUGUCGGAGUUUACUGACUUUUCACAAGAUAAGGAAUACAACGAAAACCUAACUUUUUACUUAGUGCUGGCUCUGGCUGUAGUCUCCUUCCUCUUCAUCACGUGUUUAGUGGUUAUUAUAUCAGUGAAAAUCUACAGAUGGAGACAGUCUCGAAUCCUGUAUCACUCCAGCCUCCCUGUGAUUCCAUAUUAUCCACCACGUUACUCGGACACUUUGGGGACAGGGACUCUCCCACACGUGUACAAUUACGAGGUGUGCAGGACGACUGACUCCAGGAAGAGUGACUGUAAGUUCGGUGGAGCUGGUAGUCAGAACGUGUUAAUAAUGGACCCCAGUUGUACAGGAACGAUGCAACGAUUGCAGACUGAGAAGAGCAUCCUGGAUGAACCCGACUCUCCUUUAGAGGUUAGAAUCCUUUAAUUCAAUGUUUUUCAGUACUUUUUUCUUAAUGUAUUAA